AUGGGUGCCAAUGGCACGUUUCCCCAGGUCAGCCACGACAUCCUGUCCACAUCGCAUUCUCUGUUUACAACCAAUAUACAGGGCAGCGAUGAAGAACCCACCACCAUUUAUGACUAUGAUUACAGCGAGCCCUGUCAGAAGACCAACGUGAGACAGAUCGCGGCCAGGCUCCUGCCUCCGCUCUACUCGCUGGUGUUCAUCUUCGGCUUCGUGGGCAACAUGCUGGUCGUCCUCAUCCUCAUCAACUGCAAGAAGCUGAAGAGCAUGACGGACAUCUACCUGCUCAAUUUGGCCAUCUCCGACCUGCUCUUCCUUCUCACCAUCCCGUUCUGGGCCCACUACGCGAUACAUGGGUGGUUCUUGGGGGAGGUGAUGUGUAAGUCAUUCACCGGGCUGUAUCACAUUGGGUAUUUUGGUGGAAACUUCUUCACCAUCCUCCUGACCAUUGACAGGUACCUGGCGAUCGUCCACGCCGUGUUUGCGUUAAAGGCCCGGACGGUCACCUUUGGGGUGUUGACAAGCGGGGUCACCUGGGUGGUGUCCGUGUUCCCCUCUCUCCCCGGGAUCAUCUUCGCGAGAGUGGAAAAGGAAGAUUUUACGUCCUGCAGUUCUCACUUUCCAAAAACAUGGAUGAGUUUCCAUACAAUAAUGAGGAGCAUCUUGGGCCUGGUCCUGCCCCUGCUCGUCAUGGUCAUCUGCUAUUCGGCCAUCCUCAAGACCCUGCUCCGGUGCCGAAACGAAAAGAAGAGGCACAAGGCCGUGAGGCUCAUUUUCGUGAUCAUCAUUGUUUACUUUCUUUUCUGGGCUCCCAACAACAUCGUGCUUCUCCUGAGCACCUUCCAGGAGUCCUUUAACAUGAGCAACUGUCACAGCACCAGUCAGCUAGACCAGAUCAUGCAGGUGACGGAGACCCUUGGGAUGACACACUGUUGUGUCAACCCCAUCAUCUACGCCUUCGUCGGGGAGAAGUUCAGAAGGUAUCUCUCCACAUUCUUCCGAAAGCACAUCACCAAACACCUCUGCAAACAGUGUCCAGUCUUCUAUGGGGAGACCGCGGAUCGAGUGAGUUCCACAUACACACCUUCCACGGGGGAGCAGGAGGUCUCGGUUGGCUUGUAA